GUCGCAAUGCCGGCGAGGGGUUGCGGCCCAGCCGGGGUUCGGAGGGCAGGCCCAUUUCCCCCCCGCCACAAACCUCCACGCCCCGCCGGGCGUUUUCCCUCCUUCUCCCCGGGACAUGCCCUUCCACCCCGGGACUCCCCGUCCCCCUGCUUUCUUCCUGGGACACCGUCCUCUCCUCUUUCUCUUCUUCCUCCCUGGGACGCCCUUCCCUCUCCCUCCUCCCCUGGACCUCCUCCGGCCUCCCCGUCUGCGUCCUCCCCCGCCUCCCCGCCCCGCCCGCCUUCUCCCUGGGACACCGUCCUUUCCUCUUUCUCUCCUUCCUCUCUGGGACGCCCUUCCCAACCCGUCCUCGUGAUGCCAUCUCCUCCUUCUCUCCCCUCCCUCCUCCUCCCGGGGACACCAUUCCCUCCUCCCCCCACACCGUCCUCUUCUCUUCCUCCCUCCCAGGGUCGCCCUUUUCUCCUCCCCGCACACCAAUCCCUCCUCUUCCCCUUCCUUCUCCACGGACACCCUUCCCUCCUCUUCCUCGUCGGGAUGGGGAUGCCAUGCCUUCCUCCUCCCCGCACACCAUUUCCUCCUCCUCUUCCCCUCCCCUGGAACACCUUCCCGUGGUCCUCCUCCUCCCUGGGACUCCAUUCCCUCCCCCCCCCCCCCGCCCCUUUUCCUUCCAGGACAUUCCCUCUUCCUCCCUGAACACUGCUCUCUUCUGGGAUGCCCCCUCUUCUGUCCUUGGCUGUGGUGCGCUGGGCUUAGAAACACUGGCAAAGUCCCCCCGGAGGGAUCCAUGAUCAGUGGGAGGUGCUGGGAGGGCGCUCAGACAUGGAUCAAACACUUUCAGAGUUGGUAGAAGAGCUCACAACUUCAGGAGAACCCCAACUGAGUCCUGAGAAAAUGAAGGAACUGAAGAAAAUUUGCAAGUCUUCGGAGGAGCAGCUCCGCCGCGCCUACCACCUGCUCAUGGCCCAGCUGAGCCGAGAGCACGCCGAGGUCCGCCUCUCCGCCUUCCAGGUCAUAGAUCAGCUCUUCACCCGGUCUCAUCAGUUCCGGGUGCUGGUCGUCUCCAACUUCCAGGAGUUUCUGGAGCUCACGCUGGGCACCGACCACGAGCAGCCCCUGCCGCCCCCCAGGGAGGCGGCCCAGAGGCUGAGGCAGGCGGCCGCCAGGGCUGUCCAAGGAUGGAACGGGAAGUACGGCACCGCCUACAAGAAGCUCGCCUUGGGCUACCACUUCCUGAGACACAGCAAACAGGUGGAUUUUGAGGAUGCGAGCGCUCGGACUCUGGCAGAAAGAAAGCGGGAGGAGGAGAAGCAGAAACGCUUGGACAGAAUCUACAGGGAGAGGUGUGAGCGGGCCGUCAGGGACAUGGAGGAAACGUCUGAGGAGAUCCGGUGCUGCCUCACGGAGGUGGAGAGCUGCUUCAGGCUGCUGGUGCCGCUGGACUUGGCCGAGGGCCCGGGAGCCGCCUUGCCCACCGUGGCCUUCGGUGCGUCUGAAGGGGGCGCCCCUUGCCUGGCCGGUGCCGUGAGGCCUGGGGACGAGGAGCCCUGUUGCAGCAAGAGCCUGCUCGCCUGUGCCCGCCCUCCGUCUCCCCCUCCCUGGACCGCAGGGGACUCAGGGGAGGAGGACGAGGACGACGAGGACCGGCGUGAGGACAGCGACGGUGACGAGGAAGGGUUUGUGCGGCGCCACGGACUGGGCUCCCACAAGUACACGCUAGACGUGGAGCUCUCCUCAGAUGGCCUGAGGGUGCGCGAGGACGAGGACAACCACGCCGUCAUCCAGUCUGCCCGGGACGCGCUCAAGCUUAUCCGAAACAAGUUCCUGCCGGCCGUGCGCUCCUGGGUACAGCUGUUCACCCGCGCGGGGAUUCGUGGCAGGCACUUGGAAGCCGCCAUCAACCUGAAGGCGGAACUGGAAACUGCCCUGAGGAGAUCUGGGGAGCUGGACAUCGAACCUGAGGAGGGGCGCAGGGGGGAGACGGGCCCAGCGGUCAGGGACGAGGACGAGGACGAGGACGAGGACUUCAUAGAGGUCCCAGAGAAGGAGGGCUAUGAGGCUUGCGUCCCCGAGCACCUGCAGCCCGAGUGUGGGCUGGAGAGGGACCCGGCGGCACGGGGCUCACAGGCCCAGAAGAGGAUGAGGAGGGAUGAGGAGGCGCAGGACCCCACCUGUGCUGCCGCCCAGCUGCACACGCUGCACGGACGCUUGCCCCCGCCCCCGAGCCCCAGGGCACCUGUGGGACCAGAGGAGGCUGGGAAGCUGGCCGCAGAGAGGGCCCGGGCGCCUGUCGUGCCCUUUGGGGUGGAUCUGUGCUACUGGGGCCAGGAGCAGCCGCCGGCCGGGAAGAUCUUCAAGUGUCCCUCUGAGCACCGCUUCUGGAAACCCAGUGAAUCGCACGUGGAAGUGGACAACGCCAACGUCUCAGAGAUGCUCCGGAGCCGCUACAUCACCUUCGCGGGGAAGUUUGAGCCCGUGCGGCACCGCUGCCGCGCCCCGAGGCCCGAUGGCCGGCUCUGCGAGCGCCAGGACCGGCUGAAGUGUCCUUUCCACGGGAAGAUCGUCCCGAGAGAUGACGCGGGGCGGCCCCUCCGCCCGGAGGACAGGGCCUGGGAGCAGAGGCGGCUGCAGCAGCGGCGGCAGGCAGGGCGCCCGGAGUGGCAGGACCCCGAGUUUAUGAGAGACGUGGAGGCCGCCACGGGAGUAGACCUUGGCUCGUCUGGGUCCAGCGGGAGAGGCAGAGGAAAGAGGAGGAGACGCUGUGGCCUCACCGACCUGAAGCAGCAGGCCGACACUGCCCGUGCGCGCAUCGCGAAGAAGGUGUUUGCUAAGGCAGCCGUGCAGAGGGUCGUCACGGCCAUGAACCAGAUGGACCGCAAGAAACACGAGAAGUUUGCAAACCAGUUUAACUACGCGCUGAAUUAGAGGGCCAGACUGGGCGUGUGUGGUCCCCUCUGGCCGCAGCUCCUCUUCGCCCUGUGCCAGCGCUCGAGGACGGGCGAGCGGGCACGGGACCGGGUCGCCACCACAGCCACCGUUCCUGUGUGUGCUUCGUGUGAGGAGUUAGCGCGUAUUCUAAUUAAAGUGCCCCAGAGCUAUGGACUGUCCCUCCCGCGGGGGUGCCACUGUCCUCUGGGCUCCGUCUGGCCCGAGAGCCUGGAGGACACACGGGCAGCUGUGUCUCAGUGGGGCCUCUUACAAAGCCUGUACGUCUUACGACGUGGCUCAGAGUCGAUGGGCCACGUGUGACCCCCGGCCCCCGCUUCCCGGCCUCUCCCCUGGGCGGUGAUCGCCCGGAGGGGCUCCAGGAAACCCACACUUCUACGCGCACACCGUUUCUAAGACGAACACGCCGGAAGUGAACCGCUCACGGCGCUGUGCCUCAUGCCUCCGACGCACACGUGUGGGGUGGUGGCUCUGCGUUAGAAUGCCCACAGCUACCUCACUGCGCCUGUUCUUCCAAGGACUGCGUUACUGAGACAGAACCCGCAUACCAUAGCAUUCACCCUUUCAGGACGUACAACUUAGUGUCACUAAGUGCGUUGACAGUGUUGUGCGACCCACACCACCUGAUUCCAGAACUUUGCGUCACCGCGGAAGAAGCCCUGUCCCCGUGGGCAGGCGCGUGCAGCACCUCUGGAUUUGUCUGCGGGUUUGCGCCCUUUCUGGACGUUUCACGUGAAUGCCCCUCGCGUCCGGCUUCGUCCGCUUAGCCCCAUGUCUCCAGGGUUGUUCCGUGUGAUAGAAUAUGCCAGAACUCCAGCCCCUUUUGUGGCCUAGUGAUGAUACCCCAUUGAGUGGAUGCCACACCCUGUUUAUCUGUUCAUCACGGACAUGUGGGUCGUUCCACAUCGCUUGUCUAUUACGAAUAAUGCUUCCGUGAACGUUUGUGUACAGGUUUUUGUGUGGACAUGUAUUUUCAUUUCUUUUGGGUUUACACCUAGCAACGGAAUUGCCGGGUCAUAUGGCGACUCUGUCUGACUUUUGGAUGAACUGCUGAACUGUUCCAACUCAGAGUUGGACCAUUUUAACUCAGCUGAACCAUUUUACUUACAUUCCCACCGCAGCGCGUGAAGGUUCCAAUUUCUUGUCUGCGCUUGUCCACGCUUGUUAUUAUCUGUAAUUGGCGUAAAGUGGUGUCUUGAUUUGUAUUUUAGUCUGUAUUUUCCUGAUGACCAGUGGUAUCGUUUUUUCGUGUGUUUGUUGGCCAUGGAAAUACCCGUGCAGAUCCUUUGACC